AUGUCUCGUACAAGUACUGCCUCGGACGCCAUCGAACCAUUCCACAUUAACAUACCACAACCGGCUCUAGACGAUCUCAAACUUCGUCUCAACUUGGCGCGCUGGCCUGAACGCGAGACAGUUAGCGAUUGGGCACAAGGUGUUCCUCUUGAUGAGGCUCAAGCGUUGAUCGAUUACUGGCGUACACAUUACGAUUGGCGCCGCUUCGAGAAUCGAGUUAACAAAUUGCCUCACUUUCGAACAACAAUUGAUGGCCUUGGCAUUCACUUCAUCCAUGUCAAGUCGAAAUAUGACGAUGCUCUACCUUUACUUCUCACUCAUGGAUGGCCUGGCUCGUUCAUUGAAUUUUUUCACACGAUUCCACUCCUCACCGAUCCCAUGGCGUUCGGAGGCAAAGUGGAAGAUGCUUUUCAUGUCGUCAUACCUUCACUUCCUGGCUUUGCGUUCAGCGAUAAACCAACAGAGAGCGGCUGGAACACCGUGCGCAUUGCUAAGGCGUGGAUCGUGUUAAUGCAACGUCUCGGCUACCAGAACUGGGUUGCUCAGGGUGGUGAUUGGGGAGCUGGCGUGACAACGAUACUUGGUCACAUGCGUCCACAAGGUCUUCUCGCCAUUCAUCUCAACUGGCAAUUUGUUUUUCCUGAGAAAAUACCUGAAAAACUUUUGCAUGACGAACAACGGGCAGUAGACGGCGCUAAUAAGUUCCUCACAGAUGGAUCGGGAUACUUCCAUGAACAGUCCACAAGACCUCAGACGAUCGGCUAUGCACUUAGUGACUCAUCUGUCGCUCUGGCCACGUGGAUCUACGAGAAAUUUCAUGCGUGGACAGAUAACAAAGGUAAUCCCUCCGAUGCUCUUCAACUCGAUGAAAUGUUAGACAAUAUUACGCUGUACUGGUUGACGAAUACCGGCACGUCUUCGGCUCGCAUCUACUGGGAGUGUCAAGCUGCAGGGGCAGUGCGCUUCGCAGGCCCGAAACUCGAUUUGCCUGUAGCCGCCAGCGUCUUUCCACACGAAAUUUAUCGAGCUCUCAAGAGCUGGGCUCAACAGAAGUAUUCGAACUUGAUCUACUGGAAUGAACUCGAGAAGGGAGGCCAUUUUGCGGCCUUCGAACAACCUGAACUCUUCACUGAAGAACUGCGCGCCGCUUUUCGCACUCUUCGACAUGCCUGA